CGCCGCUCUUCCCCUCGCGCGGUCGGCUCUCGCGUCAGCAUGCACGGAGCUCCCCGCCGGAAGCCGGGCCGUCACCACAGAGUGCGGGCUCGGCGCGGCAGCUAGAGGGGCGCGUUUCCGCCCCGGCCCCGGUUGGCGGGCGGCCAUAUUCGAGCUGAAGAAGCGCCCCGGCGGCGUCGAGGUCGCGGCUCCGCAGCAUGGCGGGAAACGUUACGGAAGACCCCGCGGGAAGCCGAAUCGCUUAUGUGAAAGGAGAUCUUUUUGCAUGCCCCCAAACAGACUCUUUAGCCCACUGUAUCAGUGAGGAUUGUCGCAUGGGAGCUGGAAUUGCUGUUCUCUUCAAGAAGAAAUUUGGAGGGGUGCAGGAUCUGAUAAGUCAACAAAAGAAAACUGGAGAAGUGGCUGUUCUGAAGCGAGAUGGGCGAUACAUAUAUUACUUGAUUACAAAGAAAAGGGCUUCACAUAAGCCAACAUACGAAAACCUACAGAAGAGUUUAGAAGCCAUGAAGUCUCAUUGUCUGAAAAAUGGAGUCACAGACCUCUCCAUGCCCAGAAGAUACAAUCUAGAGCCCAGGUUUGGCUCAGUGAUUGAGCACCAACCUUGCAGAUUAUAAGGCCUUGAAUUCAGUUCCCAGCAUCAGUCCUCAAGCCAAUUGUGAUCCUGCGACACUCUGAUUUGGAAUCCCUGCUACCACAGGCCUGUGAUCUCUACUGAUCCCUGACAUGCAAACAAGCAUGUUAAGUCACCACAACUCAUGUGUUUGAGGACCGCAACAAAGUCCCUGACCUCUAGUCUUCAGAACUACAAUGAAAAGGCGGGGGUAUAAAGAUUAUUGUUAAUAGAUCAAACAUUAAGGCUGCUGCCUUUUGACCUGCAUGCCAACAAAUAGAAGAAUUUACAGAGGGACCCAUAAUCAGCAGGCUGAUGUUAAAGUGUUUAUUGGAGACUUGAGCUGGGAUACAAGCAAGAGAGAUCUGACUGAAGAUUUGUCUCAAUUUGGGGAAUUUAUAGACUGUACAAUUAAUACAGAUCCAGUCUCUGGAAGAUCAAGAGGAUUUGGAUUUGUGCUUUUCAAAGAUGCUGCCAUAUUGAUAAAGUUUGGAACUCAAGCACAAACUGGAUGUUUGUGUUCAAGUUCCAGUUUGGAUGUUGAUGUUAAAGUUCAAACUGGAUAUUGAUGUUAAAGUUCAAGAACACAGAUUGGAUGGAAAAUUGACAGACCCUCCAAAAGGUCAAUGCUUUAAAGGGAAAAGAGCUCUCCCCAAAAGGUUUUUGUGGGUGGAUUGAGCCCAGAUAUAUAUAAAGAACAAAUUAAAGAAUAUUUUGCGCCUUUGGAAAGAUUGAAAAUACUGAGCUUCCCAUGGAUACAAAAAUACAAAACGAGUGAAAAGAAUUUUGUUGUAUCACAUACACAAAUGAAGGGUUAGUUAAGAAAUUAUUAGUGGACACCAUAAAAUUGAGUCUGGGAAGUGUGAAAUCAAAGUUCUACAACCCAUAGAGGUAUUUAGGCAGCAACAGCACCAACAAAAGGGCAUGCUGCAGCUGGUGAAUGAAGUGUCACUAGACGUUGCAGGUGAGGUCAGGGCCAAAACUGGAACCAAGAAUUUAGUAAUUAUGAUCAAUAAUAUGGAAAUUACAAUAGUGCCUAUGAUGGUGAUCAAAACUAUAGUGGCUCUUCCAGACCCCAAAGUCAUCUCAAGUUGUAUCACCCUAUUUAAAGUUUUAGAAUCCCUGGAGCUAUUUCAUACUCUACUCCACUGAUGUAGCAAGAGUAACACACCACAUUCGAUGGGAUUAAGGUAGAAGGCAAUUGAUACUGAUCAAAAAAUAAAUAAAUAAAUAUUAGCACACAAGGCUUACUAUACAACAACAUGUUAGUAAUCUCUUCUACAAGGACUUCGUGAUCCAGGGUGAGAUACAACAGUCUUCACACAUUUUCCUCUAAGGAAACUUUUUUGCAUCAUUUCUAAUGCAUUAUUCAUAAGAACCAAUACAAAAUAAAUUAUUUAUUAGGACCUGCUUUGGGGGUAGGCUUGGGUGGUUGUGGUAAAAUUCAAAAUCAUAGUGAUGGGAAGGAAUAGUGGUGGUGGGAUUGGUAUUGGAGUAUUGAAGGUAAUAAGGUAGGUAAAGUAAAGGUAAAGGCUCUCCCAUUGAUCGUCGAUUUGCUCGAGCGGGCCCAGUAACGUCUCCAUUGGAGACUUUGUUGUUACUGUGU